AUGAGCGACAUUGACGGCACAAGACGAAACAAAAAGCCCCGCCCAUUGCUCGACACUGAAAGGGCUCGGCUCGAGGAAUUUAUCGAUUCCAUCGGGUAUUCCGCCAGAUACUCAGACUCCGAGUAUGAAUACCGACAUGUUCAACUUCCUAAGGCAAUGCUGAAGGUCAUCCCACGUGAUUAUUUCGACGAUCAGAAAGGUACUCUCAAGCUCCUAUGGGAAGAGGAAUGGAGGGCUCUUGGGAUCACGCAGAGCUUAGGCUGGGAACAUUACGAGGUACAUGAACCAGAGCCGCAUAUUCUACUCUUCAAGUGA